UUUAGUUGGUACACUGAUUUUUCGAUAUUUUGUAGUUAAUACAAUCGUUACCGGCGACUGCUUAAAAGUUAUCGAGCUAUCAACAAUGAACAAUACUAUUUACUACCUCUAAAAGUUUGAAUAUUUACAUUUACAAUUCUUUAUUUUUCGUAAAGAUUAGAAAACACAAUUGAUUAAAUACUAACGUUAAUAAAACAUUCAUUAGAAAAGAGAUGUUUAAAAUACAAGGUCAAUUAAGUUUAAUAUGUGCAAAACAGUUAUAUAAUGUGAAAGACUUACUUGUGAAGAAAUGUACGACUGAUUUUUACAAUAGUAAUAUCAUUAGACUCGCCAAUCAGUCCUUGCCAAAAAAUAAGAUAAACCAUUUCGCCAUUGAAUACAAAGCUGCAGUGAAUUUACUUGCUAGGUCUUGUGAUGUAUCCCCGUUGAUGGUGCGAAGAUUGCACACUUGUAGUAAUUUGUUUACUUCCAAUAAACCUCCAAAUGACAAGGAAAACACCGAUAAAACAAAUGGUAAUGACCGGAAUGAUGCUAAUAAAAAUGAAAAUAACGAAAAAAAUGAAAACGAAAACGAAGAUAAAAUGAAAUCAAUACUCUCGAAAGCGUUACUUUGGAUGUUUGCUAUUUACAUGCUAGUGGUCUUCUUGUCGUUAAUUAUAACACCUAGAGCAGAGCGUCCUGAGGGUUCGACGAGAUAUGUUUCUUGGAAUGAAUUCGUACAUCACAUGUUAUCUACUGGCGAAGUGAAAGAACUCAUUAUAAGGCCGGACAUGGAGAUGGUGACGAUUAUUUUACAUGAUGGUGCUAUAAUUAAAGGAAAAAAGGUUACAUCUACAAUAUUUCACAUGGCGAUAGCUGAUGCAUCUAAAUUUGAAGAAAAAUUGCGAGAAAUCGAAUCAAGGCUUGGUAUUGCUGAAGGUGUUGCUGUUACUUAUGAUAGACAUAGUGAUAUAACGGGACGAAUAAUGGUGUUAAUUUUGUUCUUCGCAUUGCUUAUGUCACUCGCGUCGAGAAUGAAGGGAGUCAGAAGUCCUAUAAGCAUGGAUUCCUUUUCUCAAAUGGGUAGGGCGAAAUUCACAUUGGUCGAUCCUUUUGAAGGAGGAAGAGGUGUACUUUUUAGAGAUGUAGCAGGCCUGCAGGAGGCCAAGCAAGAAGUGAAAGAAUUUGUCGAUUACUUGAAAGCACCAGAAAAGUAUCAACGAUUAGGAGCAAAAGUGCCAAAGGGGGCAUUGCUACUGGGACCUCCUGGUUGUGGAAAAACAUUGUUGGCGAAAGCCGUCGCUACUGAAGCUCAAGUGCCUUUCCUAAGUAUGAACGGAUCGGAAUUUAUUGAAAUGAUUGGCGGACUUGGAGCAGCAAGGGUACGUGAUCUUUUUCAAGAAGGCAAAAAACGAGCUCCAUGCAUAAUAUAUAUCGAUGAAAUCGAUGCAAUCGGGCGUCAGCGAUCUGGAACGGAAAGUAUGGGCCAAGGCAGUUCCGGUGAAUUAGAACAAACACUAAAUCAACUACUCGUGGAAAUGGAUGGUAUGGCAUCCAAAGAAGGAGUUCUUAUGCUUGCAAGUACCAAUCGUGCUGACAUAUUAGACAAGGCAUUACUUCGACCUGGUAGGUUUGAUCGCCAUAUACUUAUUGACUUACCCACACUACAAGAACGUAAAGAAAUUUUUGAAAAACAUUUAUCUGAUAUUAAACUGGAUUCUGAGCCCGCACAGUUCUCAAGAAAACUUGCUAGAUUGACACCUGGCUUUUCAGGCGCUGAUAUAGCUAAUGUAUGCAACGAAGCUGCAUUACAUGCAGCCCGAAAUUGUCAAACUAAAGUGUCCGCAGAAAAUUUGGAGUAUGCCGUUGAGCGGCUUGUAGGUGGAACUGAAAAACGCUCACAUGCUCUUUCACCAGUGGAAAGAAAAGUUGUUGCUUAUCACGAAUCUGGGCAUGCUCUCGUUGGUUGGCUUCUCCCCAAUUCUGAUAUAUUAUUAAAAGUGACAAUUGUGCCCAGAACAAGUCUUGCAUUGGGAUUUGCACAAUAUACACCUAGCGAACAAAAACUAUAUAGCAAGGAGGAGCUUUUUGAUAAAAUGUGCGUAGCACUUGGCGGCAGGGCAGCUGAAAAUAUAAUAUUCAACAAAAUAACAACUGGAGCACAAAAUGAUUUGGAGAAAGUUACGAAAAUCGCAUAUGCUCAGAUAAAGAAAUUUGGAAUGAAUGCGAAUAUAGGACCGAUAUAUAUAACAGAUGCAGAGGAAAGUGGAAGUUUCAAUCACCCAUUUUCGGAAAACCUACACAGGAUUAUCGACAAGGAAGCUCAAACUCUAGUAAGCACCGCAUACCAGAAAACGGAGGAACUAUUGAAAAUGAACAUGGAUAAGCUAGAAAAAAUGGCUGAAGCUCUGCUUGAGAAAGAAACAUUGUCUUAUGAUGAGGUAGUUACUCUGAUUGGACCACCCGCUUACGAUGUCGCAAAUAGAGCUUUGGAGCCUGUAGAAUUCGAAAAGUCUUUAAAAAAUCUGGGGGAAAAAGACGAAUAAUUUAUGUGUUUAUGAAUUACUUAGUGUUGACGUUUUUAAAGUUUUGUGAAUAAAAGUUGAAAAAAAAGCCAUUGUAUAAACCGAGAA